UCCCAUCAUCCGUCACAUCAUCAGCGGACCGAUCAUUCCAACGAGCACGACACAACCUAAAUAUUCGAGUUUCCGAGAUUACUAAAGAAUAACGACAUUAUACUUACUAGAAAUAUAUAUGUGAUCAUUUUGUAAAUUCGGAAGUAUCCCAAUUAUUCGCAAUGCCUUGGAGUAGACCUCGGUCCGGUGUUAAACGAGGUCCGAAGCCUUUUCCCGGCACGCGCCGUACACGAUGCGAUCUCCGAGUCCCCCCCGUUCAAUCUGUCCGUCACAACAAUAGAUAUCCGAAGAAACGAAAAAUAGAUGUGUUAUUGUGGUUGGUAAAUCAUCGCGUCGCAGAUACCCGUAGGAACGAGUUUGGUCAACCUCCUACACCUCGUCUAAAGUCAGGUCAAAAACCUAUCCCGGAAGAACAACUGCGAGAAUUAAAACAGUGCAAGGACCACAUUAUUUAUCGCCCCGCUACCUAUCGCGAAGCCGAAAAACACUGGAAUAUACAAGGCGCCAUAAUAGCCUCAUGGUGGCAGAGAAAGGAAAAAUAUCUUCCUUCAGCCGAGAUAGAAAAAUCAAAAUAUUACAUGAUCAAGUCGUCACCUAACAGGAAUUUUAAACCUCCAGGUCCUUCUCAGAACGAAAGCGCCGCACAGAAAAGCACUGAGCCGCCCACUCUCCAGCCUUCUUCAAAUGCCGCCACCCAAUCUCGAGCGAGUGUCGCCCAACCCAAACAGGCCGUCGUAGAGAUAAGCGAUGACUCAGAGUGGGAUUCUAACGGCUUUAUCAGUGAUGACGACGAAGACUUACCUGAUAUCGAAACCGCUUUUGUUAAUUCCUGCAGUACGGAGGAUGAACAAAUGUCAAAAGAUAUACAAGAGCUGCAGAAAAUUUUUGACGAUAGUGAUACGGAUCUCAUGCCUAAUGCGAAAGAAGGCGCCUCGACAGAUCCCCAGGGUCAUCAAAGCAGCGAGGAAAUUGACGAUGCCGAAGAAUCUGAAGAUCCCGAGCUAUUCGGCUCAAUAUAAUCUUGAUAACAUCUUGUGGGACACAGCGUCAAAGUCGACGACUCAAAGAACUUCACAUUAUGAUGUUCAUGAUAUCGUAGCCAUGGUACUACGAUACAUCUUCAAAUGAGCAGGCGGUGUUCGCAUGCCCAUACCCAUCUGUACUAUCUACUGGCAGCUUGAUAGGGAGCCAGGCGUUCUCAGUAAGUUACCGAAUUAUCGUAAUUGGUCUUGCUGGAAAGGCGAAGGUCCGAGAGACCGUUUAGGGAAUAAUGUGAGUGAAACUCACUCAGUGGGGGCUAUCGUGUAGGAGGUAGGUCAAGGAAGUAAAGGAGGUA